AUGACCACGUCAGGGAGCUCCACGACCACUCCAGUGACCACCCCAACCACCUCAGGGACACCCACGACCACCCCUGAGACCACCCCAACCACCCCAGUGACCACCACGACCUCCUCAGGCUCCACCACGACCACGUCAGGGACAACCAUUCCAGAGGCCACCACGACCACCCCAGUGGCCUCCACCACCACCACAGGGACCUCCACGACGUCCUCAGGCUCCACCUCAACCACAUCAGUGACCUCCACAACCACCCCAGUGACCAGCAUGACACCAGUGACCACCACAACCACAUCAGAGUCCACCCCGACCUCCUCAGGCUCCACCACGACCACGUCAGGGACCUCCACAACCUCAGUGACCACCACGACCACUCCUAAGACCACCCCAACCACCCCAAUGACCACCACGACCUCCUCAGAGACCUCCAUGACCACCCCAGUGUCCACCAUGACCACACCAGAGAUAACCACGACCUCCUCAGGGUCCACCACGACCUCAGUGACCACCACGACCACCCCCAAGACCACCCCAACCACCUCGGGGACCACCACGACCACAUCUGGGACUUCAACGACCUCAGUGACCACCACGACCACCCCUGAGACCACCCCAACCACCCCAAUGACCACCACGACCACCUCAGAGACCUCCACGACCUCCUCAGUCUCCACCACAACCACAUCAGGGACGACCAUUCCAGAGGCCACCAUGACCACACCAGUGACCACCACGACCUCCUCAGGCUCCACCACAACCACAUCAGGGACCUCAAUGACCUCAGUGACCACCACGACCACCCCUGAGACCACCACAACCACCCCAGUGGCCACCACAACCACCUCAGGGUCCUCAACAACUUCAGGGACCUCCACGACCACCCCAGAGACCACCACAACCUCCUCAGGCUCCAUCACAACCACUUCUGGGACCCUCAACGACCUCAGUCUCCACCACAACCACCCCCGAGACCACCCCGACCACCUCAGGGACCUCAACAACUUCAGGGACCUCCAUGACCAGCACAGGGACGCCCACGACCACACCAGAGACCACCACCACCUCCUCAGGGUCCACCACGACCACCUCAGUGACCACCCUGACCACCCCUCAGACCACAUCAACCACAGGGACCUCCACGACCACACCAGUGACCACCACGACCUCCUCAGGCUCCACCACGACCACGUCUGGGAUGUCCACAACCUCAGUGACCACCCCAACCACCCCAGUGACCACCACGACCUCCUCAGGCUCCACCACGACCACGUCAGGGACCUCAGCAACCUCAUGGACCACCACGACCACCCCAGUGACCACCACGACCUCCUCAGGCUCCACCACGACCACAUCAGGGACCUCAACAACCUCAUGGCCACCACGACCACCUUAGUGACCACCACAACCAUCUCAGGGACCUCCACAACCUCAUGGACCACCACAGCCACCCCUGAGACCACCCCAACCACGCCUGCGACCUCCACGACCUCAGUGACCACCACAACCACUCCUAAGACCACCCCAACCACCUCAGGGACCCCCACGACCAUCCCAGGGACCACCACAACCUCCUCAGUCUCCACCACAACCACAUCAGGGACGACCAUUCCAGAGGCCACCAUGACCACCUCCGGGACACCCACAACCACCCCAGGGACCACCACAACCACCCCAGAGACCACCACGACCUCCUCAGGCUCCACCACGACCACAUCUGGGACCUCAACGACCUCAUGGACCACCACGACCACCCCUGAGACCACCCCAACCACCCCAGUGACCACCACAACCUCCUCAGGGACCUCAACAACUUCAGGGACACCCACGACCACACCAGUGACCACCACGACCUCAGUGACCACCCCAACCACCCCAGUGACCUCCACGACCACCCCAGAGACCACCACAACCUCCUCAGGCUCCAUCACAACCACUUCUGGGACCUCAACAACCUCAGUCUCCACCACAACCACCCCCGAGACCACCCCGACCACCUCAGGGACCUCAACAACUUCAGGGACCUCCACGACAAACACAGGGACACCCACGACCACCCCAGUGACCACCACCACCUCCUCGGGGUCCACCACGACCACCUCAGGGGCCACCCUGACCACCCCUCAGACCACCAUGACCACAGGGACCUCCACGACCAUUCCAGAGGCCACCCCGACCACCCCAGUGACCUCCACCACCACCACAGGGACCACCACGACGUCCUCAGGCUCCACCUCAACCACAUCAGUGACCUCCACAACCACCCCAGUGACCAGCAUGACACCAGUGACCACCACAACCACAUCAGAGUCCACCCCGACCUCCUCAGGCUCCACCACGACCACGUCAGGGACCUCCACAACCUCAGUGACCACCACGACCACCCCUGAGACCACCCCAACCACCCCAAUGACCACCACAACCACCUCAGGGAUCUCCACGACCACCUCAGGGACCACCACGACCUCCUCAGUCUCCACCACAACCACAUCAGGGACGCCCAUUCCAGAGACCACCACGACCACCCCAGUGACCUCCACGACCACCUCCGGGACACCCACAACCAUCCCAGGGACGACCAUGACCACGUCAGGGUCCACCCAGACCUCCUCAGGCUCCACCACAACCACGUCAGGGACCUCCACGACCUCAGUGACCACCACGACCACUCCUAAGACCACCCCAACCACCCCUGAGACCACCCCGACCACCCCAGUGACCACCACGACCUCCUCAGGCUCCACCACGACCACUUCUGGGACCUCAACCACCUCAGGGACCUCCACGACCACCCCUGAGACCACCCCAACCACCUCAGUGACACCCACGACCACACCAGAGAUAACCACGACCUCCACAGGGUCCACCACGACCACCCCCAAGACCACCCCAACCACCCCAGUGGCCACCCCAACCACCUCAGGGAUCUCAACAACUUCAGGGACGUCCAUGACCAACACAGGGAUGCCCACGACCACCCCAGUGACCACCACCACCUCCUCAGGGUCCACCACGACCUCCUCAGGGACCACCCUGACCACCCCUCAGACCACAUCAACCACAGGGACCUCCACGACCAUUCCAGAGGCCACCCCGACCACGUCAGGGACCACCACGACCUCAGUGACCACCACGACCACUCCUAAGACCACCCCAACCACCUCAGGGACACCCACGACCACCCCAGAGACCACCACAACCUCCUCAGGCUCCACCACGACCACAUCUGGGACCUCAACCACAUCAGGGACGUCCACGACCACCCCUGAGACCACCCCAACCACCCCAGGGACCACCACGACCUCCUCAGGGUCCAUCAUGACCACGUCAGGGACCUCCACAACCUCAGUCUCCACCACAACCACCCCCGAGACCACCCCAACCACCUCGGGGACACCCACAACCACCCCAAUGACCACCACGACCUCCUCAGUCUCCACCACAACCACAUCAGGGACGACCAUUCCAGAGGCCACCAUGACCACACCAGUGACCACCACGACCUCAGUGACCACCCCAACCACCUCAGUGACCACCACGACCACCCCAGAGACCACCACGACCUCCUCAGGCUCCACCACGACCACAUCUGGGACCUCAACGACCUCAUGGACCACCACGACCACCCCAGAGACCACCACGACCUCCUCAGGCUCCACCACGACCACUUCUGGGACCUCAACCACCUCAGGGACCUCCACGACCACCCCUGUGACCACCACGACCACACCAGAGAUAACCAUGACCUCCUCAGGGUCCACCACGACCACAUCUGGGACCUCAAUGACCUCAUGGACCUCCACGACCACCCCCAAGACCACCCCAACCACCUCGGGGACCACCACGACCACCUCAGGGACCUCAACAACUUCAGGGACCUCCAUGACCAGCACAGGGAUGCCCACGACCACCCCAGUGACCACCACCACCUCCUCAGGGUCCACCAUGACCUCCUCAGGGACCACCCUGACCACCCCUCAGACCACAUCAACCACAGGGACCUCCACGACCAUUCCAGAGAUAACCACGACCUCCUCAGGCUCCACCACGUCCACGUCAGGAACGACCAUUCCAGAGGCCACCACGACCACCCCAGUGACCACCACGACCUCAGUCACCACCCCAACCACCUCAGGGACACCCACGACCACCCCAGUGACCACCACGACCUCCUCAGGGUCCGCCACGACCACGUCAGGGACCUCCACAACCUCAUGGACCACCACGACCACCUCAGGGACACCCACGACCACCCCAGUGACCACCACAACCACCUCAGGCUCCACCACGACCACCUCAGGGACCUCAACGACCUCAGUGACCACCACGUCCAUCCCAGGGACCUCCACGACCUCCUCAGUCUCCACCACAACCACAUCAGGGACGACCAUUCCAGAGGCCACCACGACCACACCAGAGACCUCCACGACCACCUCCGGGACACCCACAACCACCCCAGUGACCACCAUGACCACGUCAGAGUCCACCCAGACCUCCUCAGGCUCCACCACGACCACAUCAGGGACCUCCACGACCUCAGUGACCACCACAACCACCCCAGUGACCACCACAACCUCCUCAGGCUCCAUCAUGACCACGUCUGGGACCUCAAUGACCUCAGUGACCACCACAACCACCCCUGAGACCACCCCAACCACCCCAGUGGCCACCACGACCACCUCAGGGACCUCAACAACUUCAGGGACACCCAUGACCACGCCAGAGACCACCACAACCUCCUCAGGCUCCAUCACGACCACUUCUGGGACCUCAACAACCUCAGUGACCACCACGACCACCCCUGAGACCACCCCAACCACAGGGACCUCCACGACCAUUCCAGAGGCCACCACAACCACCUCAGGGGCACCCACGACCACCCCAGAGACCACCACGACCUCCUCAGGGUCCAUCACGACCACGUCUGGGACCUCCACAACCUCAGUCUCCACCACAACCACUCCUGAGACCACCCCGACCACCCCAGUGACCACCACGACCUCCUCAGUCUCCACCACAACCACGUCAGGGACGACCAUUCCAGAGGCCACCACGACCACACCAGAGACCUCCACGACCUCAGUGACCACCACGACCACUCCUAAGACCACCCCAACCACCCCAAUGACCACCACGACCACCUCAGGGACCUUCACAACCACCCCCGAGACCACCACGACCACCCCAGUGACCUCCACGACCACCUCCGGGACACCCACAACCACCCCAGGGACCACCAUGACCACGUCAGGGUCCACCCAGACCUCCUCAGGCUCCACCACAACCACGUCAGGGACCUCCACGACCUCAGUGACCACCACGACCACUCCUAAGACCACCCCAACCACCCCAGUGACACCCACGACCAACACAGUGACCACCACAACCACCUCAGGCUCCAUCAUGACCACGUCUGGGACCUCAAUGACCUCAUGGACCACCACAGCCACCCCUGCGACCACCCCAACCACACCAGAGACCACCACGACCAACACAGGGACGCCGACGUCCACCCCAGUGACCACCACCACCUCCUCAGGGUCCACCACAGCCACCUCAGGGACUUCCACGACUUUCCCAGAGACCACCACGACCUCAAGGACCACCAUGACCACCUCAGGGACCACUUCAACGUCCUCAGGGACCUCCUCAACCACCUCCACGACCACUGCAGUGACCCCCACGGCCACCCCUGAGACCACCACCACCACCACUGGGACCCCCACGGCCACCCCUGAGACCACCACCACCACCACCACCUCUGGGACCUCCACCACCAUCUCUGGGACCUCCACCACCCCCUCAGGGACCUCCACGGCCACACCAGUGACCACCACUGCACCCACAAUCACUGAAGUGACCUCCACGACCACCCCCAAGACCACCACGACCUCCUCAGGGUCUGCCACGACCACCUCAUGGACCUCCACAACCAUCUCAGGGACCACCACGACCACUCCAGCGACCACCACGACCACGUCAGGGACCUCCAUGACUGCCCCAGUGACUUCCACGACCUCAGUGUCCUCCACACCCACCCCAGUGACCACCACGACCUCAGUGACCCCCACGGCCACACCAGUGACCACCACGACCACCCAGGUGACCCCCACUGCACCCACGACCACCCCCAAGACCACCACAACCUCCUCAGGGUCUGCCACGACCACCACAGCGACCACCUCAACCAUCUCAGGGUCUUCCACGACCACCUCAUGGACCUCCACGACCAUGUCAGGGACCACACCAGAGACCUCUACACCCACCCCAGUGGCCACCACCACCUCCUCAGGGUCCACCACGACCACUCCAGUGACCACCACGACCACGUCAGGGACCUCCACACCCACCCCAGUGGCCACCACCACCACCUCAGUGACCACCACCACCUCAGUGACCUCCACGACCACACCAGAGACCCCCACGACCACCUCAGGGACCUCCACAACCACACCAAUGACCACCACCACCACCCAGGUGACCCCCACCGCACCCACGACCACCAAAGCGACCACCACAACCACCUCAGUGACCACCACGACCUUCCCAGAGACCACCAUGACUUCAGGGCCCACCCCAACCACCCCUAAAACCACCACGACCACCUCAGGGAACUCCACGACCACCUCAGGGACCUCCACGACCACCUCAACCACCACCACCACCACCCCUAAGACCACCACGACCUCCUCAGGGACCACCACGACCACGCCUAAAACCACCACGAGCACCUCAGGGAGCUCCACAACUUCUCCAGUGCCCACCACGACCUCCCCUAAGACCACCCCCACCACCUCGGUGACCCUCACCACCUCAGGGCCCACCACCACCACCACCUUGCUGACCUCCACAUCGCCCACCACCAUCUCCACCACCCCUUUUUCCACCGCUGCUCCUCCUCCACCAGGUGAGUCCUGA